AUGCCGUCGCUCGAAAACGAAGUGCACAAAAGUCUUUCCCUGCGAAGCAUGCAUCAAGCGAGGACUGCAGGACAUAUGUCCGGAAGGGUCUCAACCGAACGGACUGAAGUCAGCCAGACUCUGCGCGGCGAUGUGCGCAAGCUGACAUCAGAGGCCGCUUCCUUGCGAGUACGCGUUCGCGAACUCGAGCGAGCACUCGGCGACGCAGGCGUAGCUCUGCCGCUUACGUCAGAUAAUACCUUUGGGCGAACAGACGAGUGCUGGUGGGUUGCCAAUGCUGUAGGAUCGCUCGAGAUAGCCGAUGACGAGGAGCCAAACAUCGCGCACGUUGAGACGAAAGUUGGAAAGACGGUCUCUCCUGGGCGCGAUCCUCUUAUAUCGCUGUCGUUUUGGGACGCCUCUCUACCGCGGCAUAUCACGCAGCUGGUCAAUGCGUUCCCGUUUGGUCCUUUGGGGCCCCGACCGUCUGCGGAGAUAUUCAGGCAGUACAUGCCUACGCUCGAGGAAGCUCUGUCGCUCACUAGAGCAUACUACGACGAGUCUGCGCUCUUUUUCAACCCCCUAUGCGAACUCGUCUUCAUGCAAGAGAUCCUCGAGCCCGUGUACCUCUGCUCGAGCGCACCCGACCCGACACGCAUACACCCGCACCGGCUCGCCGCAUUUUUCAUGAUCAUCGCCAUGGGCGCGUACUACCGCAAGGAGGACCCGAUCAAGCUGCAGCGGCUCUUCGUGUACCGGGCUCUGGGGCGGGCAUCGUUCUGUCUGGAGGGCGUGUUCAAUGGGAGCAGCGCGGCGACGGUGCAGGCGCUGCUGCUGCUGAUUGCGAGCCUGGCGUCGAUGCUGAUCAUUCUGGACGAGGAACAUAAGGACGAGACGACGCUGAUGCUGGGGAUCUGCACGCGGCUGGCGAUUACGGUAGGUGGGGUCUAUCGGGAUGCUGACCCGGCGCAGUUCUCGCCAGAGGAGCACCAGCGCCGACGGUGGGCGUACUGGGAGUUGUGCAACUAUGAGAAUAUCAACAGCCUGGUCAUCGGCGUCCAGCCGACUCUGUGGAAGCAGUGGUCGGACACGUCGCUUCCGGAUGACCUCGAGCCCUUCCUGACGGAGGACGGCGAGGUCGAGAUGGGCUUCCACGCCUGGAAGCACCGGUUCACGCGCGACUGCGACUCGCUGGCGCUGCACUUCAUGUUCAGCAAGGACCUGCCGCCGUACACGGAGCUGCAGCGCGCGGCGAAGUUUGUGGAGAACUUCCCGAUCCCGUCGCACCUCCAGUUCCCGUACGGCGAGCUCGACCGGAUAACGGAGCCGGUGCUGCCGGACGAUCUGUCUAUGCCGACGGACGAGCGCUUGGCGCAGGAUAUCGUGUGGGUGCAGGCGCAGCACGCGAGUGUCUGCGGCUACAUCCACCGGCGCUACUUCAUUGAAGCCUUGCGCGACGACACGGAGGAUGUCCUUGACCACGAGUACGCCGAGAGCGUGCGCGGGAUUUACGACAGCGCGCGGCGGACGAUAUACUCCAUCGCCUGCAUCCUGCACUUCCACGACGAGCUGGGGCAUAAGCGGUGGAAGUACUACGCGAAUUGGUUUUUUGGGGCGGUGACUGGUAUGGCGAUGAUCGUGCUGGAGAAGCCGCGGACGUCGCUGGUGCCGGAUUUGGCGAGGUGGCUGGAGUAUGCGAUUCCGGUGUUCGUGCGCGCGACGGCGAGGUCGCCGUAUCGGUUUUUGGAUACCAUCGCGAUCGUCCUCAGCCGCUUACUGGGGCAGGUCCGCCGCCGCGUGCAAGAGCCGGACGCUCCCAGACGAUCGCGGAAUCGCCACGGGGCCAAGGGCGCGCGCACCAAGUCGACCAACGGCCGGGGCAAGAAGGCGAACCUGGGCGCGACCGUGACGGCGGCGAUCGGCGGGCGCCCGCACCGCAAGAUCGUCCCGCGCCAGCCGACGUACGGCUGCCUCGGGGACGAGGUCGCGCAGCUGUACGCGGGGCGCGAGCUCGAGCGCGAGCUGGAGAUCGCGCGGGGCGUGGCGGACCCGGAGGCGCGGGCGGCGGAGGAGAUCCUGCCGCAGCCGGCGCCGCUGACGGCGGUGUCGCCCUCGGCGGCGGUGGGCUCGUGGAUGGGGACCGUGGCGGCGGGGCUGCAUGAGAUGUCGGCGUCGAACGGGUCGAGCGAGAUCGUGCUGGACGAUAGUAUGCUGGAUAUGCUGGUGGAUGCGAUGGGGGAUGGGGAGAAUGGGGCUGCGGGCCAGGGUGGGGAUGCGUUCUCGCAACCAAAUGCGUUUGGGACGUAUACGUCCGGGACGCAUUGGUUGGAGCAGCUGAUACCGUAG